AUGGACUUGAUGAAUACGGUGUUUCAUCCAUUUAUGGACAAGUUUGUGGUACUGUUCAUAGAUGAUAUACUAGUGUAUUCGAAGAUUAAAGAAGAACAUGUAGAACACCUGAGGGCAAUUUUGCAAACACUAAGGGAAAACAAGCUUUAUGCAAAGUUCUCCAAAUGUGAGUUUUGGUUGGAGAAAGUAACAUUUCUGGGUCAUUUUGUGUCCAAAGAUGGGGUAGAAGUAGAUCCAGCAAAGAUCAAGGUAGUGAAAGGUUGGCCUAUGCGAAGAAUGGUGUCUAACGUUAGGAGUUUCUUAGGUUUAGCAUGGUAUAAUAAGCGUUUUGUGAAAGAUUUCUCGAAGAUUGCUAAACCUAUGACCUCUCUAAUGAAGAAGGAUGAGAAGUUCGAGUGGGAUGACAAGUGUGAGGAAGCAUUCCAACUCUUGAAACAAAAGUUGAUCACAGCGCCAGUGCUUACACUGCUAGACAAUAAUGGUAUUUAUGAUGUAUACAGUGACGCAUCCAAGAAUGAUCUAGGGUGUGUACUUAUGCAAAUGGGAAGGUAA